UGCUUUCCCACUCAAUUCCACGUUAUUUCCAUAACAAUACUCCGUACUGUAUUACACACUCGACUUUUCCCUGUUUUGUAAAUCAAUAUAUAAAAAUCUUCACAGUACACCUUGUUUCAAUUUGUAAUCAAAGAAGAACAUCAUCCAAAAACAAAUUAAAACAACAUGGAUUCCAUAGUACAGAAUGCAGUAGGAGGAUUAUUAGCAAAUGAAGCUCAUGGAAUAAUUGGAAUGUUGUUGUCACGCAUCAAUGCGGAAAUCAAACUAGCUCGCGGUUUCAAGAAAGAGUUACAGGUGGUUCAAGGGCAGCUCACUCGAUUAAUUGCAUUAUUACAUGGUGCUUCUUGCCAGUCGAUCAAUAAUCCAUUGCUAGUCGAUUGGCUAAAAAAUAUAGAGGAUGCUGCUUACGAUGCAGACGACUUGCUUGACCAAUUGUCAUAUGAAGCUCUACAGACUAAAAUUAUCUGUACUCGAAAGAGGGACAAGUUUAGACUUGGUGUCUCUAAGCGCUUUUCACGCUUACGUAUGGGUCACAAAGCGAGUGACUUAACAACCUUGAUUAACAACAUAUAUGAUGAUGCUAAUAAGCUUGGUAUUAGACCUAUCGAUGUUGCUUCAAGAGAUGUGUACAGUAGUAGACAUUGUCAUCCAAGUGAAGAUCAAGAAACAAGCAAACUUCGUAACCAGCGACACUAUGUGGAUGAUAAGUUGCUCAUAGGAAGGGACGAGGACUUAACACGCCUUGUUAAGUUAAUAUGUGAUCCUAACAACACCAAUUCAUCCCAUCUCACUGUCAUAAGCAUAGUGGGAAUGGCAGGUUUGGGAAAGACGACAUUGUGUAAACGCAUUUCCAAGGAACAAGAGGUGUUGGAAUUCUUCAACUCUGAAAUUAUUUGGCUUGUCAUCUCUCGUACUUAUGAUCUUUUAGACGUUUUAAACAGAAUGGUGGAGAUGCUUUGCAGAAAACAUUCAUCCAUGAGAGAUAGACAAGCACUUAUAUCAGAGCUCCAUGAAAAGUUGAAGGAUAAAAGGUACUUACUCAUAUUGGAUGAUGUAUGGGAUACAAUUCAUUGGGAAUCCUUGAAAUCCACUCUAGAGGAAAUUGGUGGAUCCUAUGGUACUACUGUAUUAGUGACUUCGCGCAACAAAGAUGCAGUUGGAAAUAUGGUGACAGAUUGUUAUGAUAGUAAAGGUAAACAUACCAUGAAAAGGCCUUCUAUCUAUAUGUUGCAGGGAUUGAGUAUAGCUGACAGCUGGUCGCUAUUUUUGGCAAGAAUAAGUGAAGAUAGUCUAGUCGAUAGCGAGAAAGAAGUUAUUGCAAGAAGAAUGAUGAAGAAUUGUGGAGGCGUUCCUCUAGCCAUAAGAGCACUAGGGGACUUGCUAAGGGACCAAAGUCUGAAUAGAUGGAAGGAGAUUGAGCAAAGUCAUACAUGGACGAAAGUGGAUAGGAAUGAUAUUUUGCCUUCCUUGAGGUUAAGUUACGACUUCUUGCCAAGCAUGACUUUUAAAAAAUGCUUUGCUUAUUGUGCCAUAUUCGGAGAAGAUGAGGUCAUUGACAAGAAUAAGUUGAUCUACAUGUGGAUGGCUCAGGGCUACUUGCAACCUUAUGAAGUAAUGGAGGACAAAGGGGAAGAAUAUGUCCAGCAUCUGUUGAAUAGUUCUCUUUUCCAAGAAGCAGAAUUGGAUGAGUGUGGCAAAGUGAAGACUUUUAAGAUGCAUGAUCUAGUAUGGUGUCUUGCUCGAGUUGUUUCAACUGGGGAGUGCUUGUGCUCAGAUGGAUAUGAAAGAUCAAAUGAGGUUCUACGGCACUUAUUAGUUCCCAGGCAAUCUAAAAGCAGAGAGCUCACUCUCACGUCCUAUACAAAGUUGCGAACAUGUUUGCUUUUCAAGGAGUUUGAACAUCCUAGCCUACAUUUUUGGUUAAAAUGUAGGGACUUAAGGGUGUUAAAUAUAGGAUGGAAUUGGAGUGAGGAUUUAGAUUGGGAGCCGUUGGGUAGCUUGAUACAUUUGAGGUACUUUGAAAUUGCUGUCGACAAUGGUUUGGGUGUCGUUCAGUCCAACCUUGCUGAACACAUCACCAAACUUUACCACUUGCAAACACUUUGUAUAAACAACUUAUACAUUGUGAAAGAUCCAUGCACGACUCAAUUUCCAAAACAAAUAGGUAAUUUGGUAAAUUUACGCCACAUCCUUCACGAUGAUACCAUUGGUAUACCUAUGGGGUUGGGUCUUUUGACUGCUUUACGAACCUUGCCUGCUAUCAAUUUAGAAAUGAAUUGGGGCGGGAAAUUAAGUGACCUUGGUUCAUUGACAAAUCUCAGAGGUACAUUGGAAAUUCACAAUCUAUGUUUUUUAGACAGUGAAGAAGAAGCUCGUGACCGGGUUCUAGACAACAAGUCAUACCUUGAUAAUUUAGUUCUGAGAUGGGGUUUUAGUAAAUGGCCAGCAGUUAAGGAUAACCCCCACGCGAAUGAGAUCCUUGAAGCUCUGCAACCUAAUGCGAACUUAAAAAUGCUUCAGAUUUGGAAUCAUGAUGGUACUAGAUUUCCAAGAUGGCUGAUUGAAGAAAGAAGUUCCUCACUUUCCAACCUCGUCUCCUUGAAGAUUUAUAGAUGUGCAGCCGAAGGAAUUCUGACAUUAGAGAGUUUCAGAUCUCUUCGUUUCUUACAAGUGGAAUACUGCAAGAAGCUGACUAUUAUAUUACCAAACAGAGGGUUCCAAUGUUGCAAUUCGCUUGAACAGAUAGUAGUAGUUGAUUGUUAUCAAGUCGAAAAUCUUGGAGAUUUAUCUUCUUUAACACAGCUUCAUUCUUUAACCUUAAAAAGCAACCAACUAGUAGGGUUGGGAAGUCUUCCUUGUAUAAGGGAACUACACACUGAUGAAUUCGUACUGCUUGCACAAUUGAGCGAAGAUAGUCCUGUUUGCAAAUCCCUCGAAGUUUUAACAUUGGAGGGGUUCCACUUGUAUGACAAUGAUGAUACAACUGCUCUUCCUGAUCAGCUCAAAUAUUUGAGGGCAAUGCAAUGCUUGACAAUCGGACACUCCGAAUGCUUGGAAACAAUACCCGACUGGCUAGGGAAAUUGACAUCUCUCAGAGAGCUGCAUCUUUAUGGGUUGCCAAAAUUGAAGAAUCUGCCUUCUCCAGAAGCAAUUCGCCAUCUCUCGAAUUUAAAAACUUUAGAAAUGGCUGGUUGCCCCCUUCUGUUAGCAGGUGUUGAGGGUGAAAGUGGAGAGUGGCUUAAAAUUGCCCAUAUCCCUUCUUUCAUAUACUACUGAUGUAUAGUAAUAAUGAUGUUGUGAUUCAAUCUUUUGACAUCAAUACACAUUUGGUGGAUGUUUUUAUAUGUUUCUGUUCUAUGUCUAAGUUUUGAAAAUGUCAAACAUAUUUCAGGCAAUUUGGUUUGGUCACUUGGUGUUUAUUGUAUAUUUAUAUCUACAGCUUUGAUUAGACUAAAGUUGAUAAAAGCUCUGUCAAAUAUCCAUUUUGUGUUUUGUUACUGUAAUAAGAAUUGUGAGUCAAUGUAGAUGUUUUUUAUCUCGUGCGACCUGCCAAAUUGACCAAGCAAGAAUAGUUAAGGUGGGUUAAGAAGAUGAGUUGGAUAGUGAAAGUCAAGAUAAAUGAGCAUUAGUGUCCUUCGUAUGAAAGCAGUAAAACAUUGCAAAAAUUGACCAAAUUAAAAAGUCAAGAUCAGGCAAUUUUUUUUUUUUUUUUU